AUGUCGUCCAAAGGGUUUGGCAAGAGGCUAGGCUUCAAGAGAUCAAACACCAACCAGGACCCAAUCACUGUCACCGAAAUUGGCCAGGAGGAUGGAGGCGCUGCUGCCAGUAGCAGCAAGAUGGUUGCUGGUUAUGGGGACGCACACGAGAUCAUUGAGGGUGUAGUCCGCGAGAUUCCAGAGGUGGAAGCCAAUCACAGGCUCAAUGUCUUCCGUCAGGACCACAAAUGGGAUCCCAACAUGCCUGACGAAGCCAUCGAGAUGGUUGACGCUGUCACUGGUACUCACGAUGCAAAGGGAGAAGCACAGCUUGUUGGUGAAAUUAUCGAAAACUCACCCUACCCGGAAGUCCGCGCCGUUGUGCGCAACUACGAUGAAGACGUACCUGCAAGCACUAUCAGAGCAUGGACCAUUGGUCUCAUCCUGACUACCGUGUGCUCGUCAGUCAACGCACUGUUCUUGCUGCGUUAUCCCCCCAUCUCUAUUGGUCCUUACGUCGUGCAAUUGAUCGCUUACCCUAUCGGUCUCGCAUUUGCCAAAGUUCUGCCGAACAAGGAAUUCAAGCUGUUUGGCACCACAGCCAACUUGAACCCUGGGCCGUUCAAUGUCAAGGAGCACGUUAUCAUUGUCGCCAUGGCUAACGCUGCUUUCGGUGGUGGUGCUGGCUACUUCGUUGAGACUGUCGUCUCGUUGAAGAAGUUUUACCACUUCGACACCAGUCAGUUCGGCUGGGGCUUCAACACUCUGUUCGCCCUUUCUACACAGUGUCUUGGAUUUGGUCUUGCUGGCUCCGUCAGAAAAUUCCUUGUCGAGCCUGCCGCUAUGAUCUGGCCUGGUGCCCUGGUCAAUGUCGCUUUCAUGUAUGCUUUGCACGAUCACAGCAGAGCUGACCCUGCUGCAACAAACGGCUGGUCUAUGUCCCGCUACAAGUGGUUCAUGAUCAUCAUGACCGCUAUGUUCGUUUGGUCAUGGUUCCCUGACUUUAUCAUUCCCGCCUUCAGUUACUUUGCUUGGGUCACUUGGGCCAAACCCAACAACGUUGUUGUUAACCAGCUCUUUGGACAACAGACAGGCAUCAGUCUAGGCUUCCCCUUUACUGGCUUCACUAUGGACUGGGCCCAGAUUAAUUCUUUCUACAACAGCCCCCUGAUCAGUCCUUGGCACGCUCUUGCCAACACUGGCGUUGGUAUCAUCUUCUUCGGCUGGAUAGUUGUCCCUGCUCUACACUAUGGUGGUGUCUGGUACGGCGAAUAUGUCCCAAUCUCGCAGAACGGCAUUCUGGAUAAUGUGGGAAACGUCUAUAAUAUUUCUCGCAUCCUUACACCUGAGCAUGUUGUUGAUCCUGUCGCCUAUGAGGGAUAUUCGCCCCUGUUCCUUUCAACUGCUUUCGCCCUGACCUACGGCAUGAGCUUUGCCAGUAUUGCUGCUCUGGUCAGCCAUACUUAUCUGUUCCACGGUCCGGAGAUCUAUCGCAGACUAAAGUCCUCCAAGGGCGAGCUCGACGAUGUGCACAUGAAGAUCAUGCGCAAGUACAAGUUGGUCCCCACCUGGUGGUACCUCGCUCUUCUGGCCAUUACCAUUGCCUUCGCCUUCGUGUCAGCAUUAGCCUAUCCUACCGGCAUGGCAUGGUACUCAGUCGUCCUCUCUCUGGUUAUCGCGACCGUCUUCACCAUUCCAAUUGGUAUCAUCCAGGCCUUCACCAACAUUCAAUUGGGACUGAAUGUUUUCACUGAGUUUAUCAUUGGUUACGUCCAACCCGGCCACCCUAUUGCCAUGAUGAUGUUCAAGACCUUUGGUUACAUUGUCAUGACACAGGCUCUCUACUUUUGUCAGGAUCUCAAGCUCGGACACUACAUGCACGUACCUCAACGCUCGUUGUUUACUGCCCAAUUGGUUGCCACCAUUUGGUCUUGCCUUUGCCAGCUCGCCACUGUAGAAUGGGCUAUGGGAGCAAUCAAGAACGUCUGCACUAAGGCUGCGAGCGGGAGCUUCACUUGUGCCUCCAUAAAAACGUUCUUCAACGCGUCCAUAAUCUGGGGGGCUAUUGGGCCUAAGCACCUGUUCUCGUCUGGCGCCGUGUACGAGGGCCUGCAGUACUUCUGGUUGGCUGGCUUCAUCGCGCCAUUCCUGGUCUACGGUCUGGCUCGCAUGUUCCCUAGAAUCUCUCUGAUUCGCAAGAUCAGCAUGCCCCUGAUCUUCGCCUGUUUCAGUUACGUCCCUCCCUACUCGGCCAUGAAUAUUCUCUCUUGGUGCGCAGUUGGUUGGGUCUUCAACAAGUUCAUCCGUAACAAGUACCGUGGUUGGUGGAUGGAGUACAACUACAUCACUUCCGCUGCUCUGGACGUUGGCCUUGCUCUCUGUGCCAUCAUCCUCUUCUUCUGUGUUCAACUUCCUGGCAAGGCUAUGCCCGAUUAUUGGGGCACCACUAUUGUUAGCACCACUCUUGACGGAGCUGGUUCUGCUGUUAGAAAGACUGUCAGCGGAGACGAGUACUACGGCCCUCGCACAUGGAAGUGGUAAACUGCUCGCUACGAAUGAAGGAUCACAUUCGGCUGUCGACCCAUAAUGGCUAUGUAGAGGCGCGAUAGUUGGCAACAACUGCGAAGGCGAGAGGCUAUCUUAUGUACGUAU